UAUAGCUGAUACAAAGUUGUAUUAUUUUUACAAUGAUUUUUUCUUUAAAUGAACUUGUUCACUGGUUAGGCUUAACAAUAUUUGAGAUAUGGAUCAAUUUGGUUGCAUUAACAUUCUUCACUGUGCUACUAGCUUUAAAAUUAGAUGAUAACUAUUUCCUGGGCACAUCAGGAUGGUGGGAAGUAUUCUCACCACUUUUUAUAGCCGAUGGUCUCAAUACAUACUUUUGCGCUAUAAUAUUCAUCAGAAUGUACAUGGAAGGAAUGAUCAAAGUAGGCAUUUUACGAGCAUUAUGGAGCCUGCUAUCAUUGCUUUUGAUCUUUGUAUUUAAAUACCUUUUAUGUAAAAAACUCUCUGCACAAAACACAUUGGAAUAUUCGGAAAUUGUGUGUCCUAUAUUCGUUCUGUUGCAGUUGAUUGCAAUCAGAGCCUGUCAACUACAUUAAGGGAAGUGAAAAAUUUUUUUUUAUGUAAGACAGCUUCCACAAAGCCAUAUAUGAUAUUAAUAUGAUAACAUUAUUAUAUACUA